AUGUGUAAUCUCGGACUUCGUGCGUUGUUGAAGCGCGCUGGCAUUGCGGUGCCAAAUGAAGACGUUUGGAUUGCGGAGGCAGACUCUUGGUGGCGGAAGCUGUUCAAGAUCGAGAAGUUCGAAACUGUCAACCGCAAGUUUUCUGGUGUGAUUGAGACGGACGGCAAGGCUGUGAGCAUCGUUUUGCGUAAGCCGAAGCGAGAGAUCGUUGAAACUGCGCUUGACGAGAAGGACUACGAUGUGUUGUGGGGUCUUGAUCCCGGUCGACGUGAUCUAUUUGUGGCGACGAACCAAUUCGGUGAAAAGAUCUUCUGCACGACUCGAGAGUUCUAUGAAGACGCUCACUACAAGAAGAGCAAUCAGAAAACGAAGGUCUGGCAAGAGAAUUGUCCCGACGUUCUCGAAGCUGUGCGCAACAUGCCGACAAAGAAGACUGCCUCGCUCGAACAACUUGAAGCUUAUGUGAAGUUCAUGACUCCUCGUAUGGACUUACUGCUGGACUUUCGCAUGCACAAGCCUUUUCGCAAGCUGAGAUUCCGCCGCUACAUUCUCGCGAAGAAGAAACUGCGUCAGCUUUGUCAGAGGUUGACUGCUCCAGCGGGAAGGCGAACGGUUGUUGGCUUCGGUGACUGGAGCAACACCGACGUGAGCGGGCUAAUCAAAAAGUGUCCGGCGGGUCCAGUUAACUCAUUCCGACGAGAGCUGAAGAAGCACUGUCGCGUGGAAUCGAUUGCCGAGUUUCGAACAAGCAAGCUUCACUCGGUGUGUCAUUGCGAAAUGAAGAAUCAGUACAGCAAGCGUCUAUGCAAGAAGGAUGGCGUCGAGCGUACAUUGAAGGUCCACAGUGUACUCCAUUGCACCAACAAUGGCUGUCACGGUAUGACUGUGAAUCGAGACGAGAACGCUUCGAAGAACAUGCUGAUGCUUCUGAUCGAGUGCAAGCUUCGUGGUCAACCAAGACCACUCGCGUUUUCAAGACCAAGAACGUGA